AUGGCCCCAGCGAGACACCUCGCUUCGUCGCCAACAGCAGCCAAUGACGUGUAUAAAUCAAAAGCUUGUGAUCAGUGUCGACUCAAAAAGAUCCGCUGCGGUAAAGAGCGUCCCAAUUGUUCCAACUGCGAAAGAAUGAAUCUGGACUGUAACUGGUCUGGGCAAGGCAAGAAACCUAAUCAGACGGUUGCACUGAACAAGUCGAUCUCAACAAUGGGUGAUCGCCUUCGGCGCAUUGAAGGAAAUAUUUCUGGAAUACAACAAUCACUUCAGCGGUUAGACUCAGUCGUGAGAAGCAGAUCUGGAUUCCUAGGUCUUGAGGACAUGAUUUCGUUGCCGCCGGAUGGAACCGGCAGCUCUUCAGAGGCUGGAUCCAACCAAGGCGGUUGCGGCACCAGCAGCAGUUCCACGUCCGAUAUAUCCACGGUUAAGUUCGACGUCAUACAUGAUGCGCAGGGGAAUGAGCGCUGCGUUGGUCCGACAUCUCUGUUGUCCCUGAUUCACAACAUUGAUGAGGUUUCAAUGCCAGAUCCCGAAGGAACCGGAAGCAACAACGCCACAGUACGCGAGAAGAUCAAAGAGCUCGGGUACAACACAAGGCAGCCACUGUUCUCCAACACAAAUGAUGGAUCCAUGAUCAAAGAACCUCCGAUGUUGAUCGUCGAGUCGUUAAUGGAUCACUAUUUCGAUGUAAUCAACCCUCACUUUCCGAUCUGGACCAAAGAUGGCUUCCGCCGCUUGAUGAAUGUUUCACGGCGGGAGUCAAGCCCCGCAUCGAACAAGCCAUUCGUCGUCUGCGCCAACAACAUGGUGCUCCUAACCCUGAUGGCCAAGGCGCUGCAUUCUCGGGCGAAAAACAGUUCGGCAUCAAAUCUUGACCUGACAAUAGAGUCCAUCGACGUCGAACUCGUCCAAUCGUUCAUUGAAAAUGCAAACCGGGCGAUGGUACGAGUGGAGCAGCUACUGAGUCCUCGAUUAGUCAACGUUCAGGCUCUCUUAUCUUUGUGCUAUGUGUCUCAAAUGUGUCUUUGCGAAGACGUUUCGAAUCUCACGUUGACGCUGGCCGCGCAUGUGGCCAAGUCGAUGGGCUUGUAUCAGACUCAAACAUCAUCACUGUCACCAUCAAAAUUUAGCCCGGAGGAAAUAUUGGAACGACAAAAUGUUCUCAAGUGUCUCUACUAUCUCGACAAAGCCAUCUGCUGGAAUGUUGGUUCGCCGCCCAGCGUCCCCUUCAAUGCGAUAUCAACGACGACUGCGAUGACGAGACUCCCAGGUGAAGGCCCCUCGCUUAUGGACGCCAAGUUCGUAUUGGCACAGAUCGAGGAUGACAUAUACAGACUCCUCUAUCCGGACACCACGGGCCAGAUCAACAUCACCACGAAGGCCAUCAAGGCAAAACUUGGAAAUUGGAGAGUAACCUGCCACCUUGACGCAGAAGAUUCCGAGAAGGCCGACCAUCAGUUUCCGUUCUCCUCAAGGCUGGAGCUGGACAUUUUAUUUCACUAUGCGCGAAUGCGACUCAUGUGGCCAUCAGUGGGUGAUCCAGACGCCAAGACCUCUCUUAUUCAAGACUGUCAGACCAGCUUGCUUUUGCUGCAACAGCUGUGGAACAAUACGUCAAAACAUGACCAACACCACAGCUUCGCAUGGCUUGUCGCAUCUUUUCCUGCGAACGCGGUUUUUCAAUUCGCCAGUCAAUUUGAAAAUUCCGAGACCUUGCAGUCUGCAGCGGCUAAUUUGGAACUGUUGAGCUUCCUGUUGACCUCGCUGCAAAACAUGUCUACAUUCGCAACCAAGAACUCGUAUGUGGUCAGGUUCUGCAGUUUUGUUCAGAUUCUAGUACACCUUGCCCACAACAUCCUGAACAGCAAAGCCUCUGGAUCUCCUGAACAAUCAACGCUGCCAAACUUGUAUCUACUAGAGGGUCGCUCGCAAGAUCGUCACGGAAACGGGCCAAUGUAUAGGUACGACGGGGAGGAUGGGGGUGCCGAGUUGGAUGCCUUUAUGCAGGAAAAGUCAUUUUUGCAUCAGGAUCUAGACACUUUUAUGGCCAUGUGGGGGAGCGGUGCCAACUCCUUCGCGGCCCUUUCUAGGGACAACGACGCCAUAACGAUGGACGGGAUUCCAGCUUGCGAAGAAAGGGGAUUGUGGGAUGACUUCAACCUCGCAGACAACCUCAAUCAUAUGCGAGACUGUGAGAUGGAGCCACCUUACUCGGGAGACUAG